UUUAGGGAGUAAAAGACUAGAAUUAAUAUAAAUAUCUCUAAUUUAUUGAGAAUUCACUAUUGACUUAAUUCCUCUGCCCAUCGACUUAUCUCUGCAGCUCUUCAUUCUCAACAAGCGAACUCCGUUUCAACUCAGAAUAUGGCAUCAGCAGCUCCCCAAAGAGGAAGUGCGGCAGCUACUGCCAGCAUGAGGAGAAGGAAGACACCUGGUGGUGGGGCUUCUGGAGGAGCUGCUGGGACUAUGCUUCAAUUUUACACUGAUGAUGCCCCUGGACUCAAGAUCUCCCCAAAUGUGGUUCUUGUUAUGAGCAUUGGGUUUAUAGCAUUUGUUGCUAUCCUUCAUGUGAUUGGCAAGUUGUAUUUGCGUAAGGAGGCUUAGAGAAUACAAUUUGAAGUUAGGUUCAUUUUGGAAAAUUUAAUAUAUGAACAAUGUUAUGAUUUUAGAUUAUCCUUUGCUAUCCCACCAUACUUUUGGUAAUAUAUUUUUUUUAUGGUACA